UCUGUGGGAUGCUGCUCUGACGUGGAAUGCUUGCCAACCUUCCUGGUGGUGGACACGCCUCGGGAUGCUGCCGUGGAUGACCUGCAGGCCGGCUGAUCGAAGCCUUUUGCAGAGCAAAAAGUUGAGGAGGGAGUGAGGCACUGUUGGGAUGGCCCAGUGUUGUGAUGUUUGCACAGAUGUUGCAGGGAGUUCGUUGUAGACCCCCACUUGGCAAACCAUCCGUGUGAGACGUGGGGUAUGCCGGCCGCCCUUUCUUGUCGCGAUAGCAAGAAAAGCUUCCCUUGCUGAUGGUGCCUGCAGCACCGCCGGUCCUAUCACAAGCUCGGAUCGCUGGAUUUGUUGGAUUUUUUAAAAUCAGAACGCUGUUUGGGCUGCUGAGGGUGACGAUGUUUUCGUUGUUGUUGCUGUUGUGAAGGUGGGAACUUGCGAGUGGUGAGUUAGGAUUUUUAGAGGGUUCAAUUGGUGUGUUUGUGUGUACGUAAAAGUCCACAGGGUUAGGGUCUCUGUUCAGUAGCUGUUUCGUGACUCGUCGGAAAUUUGUGUUGAUUGUUUACGCGAAGAGCCUGAAUUCGUUAUUAGUGACUCGUGACGGAGUGUUUGAAGUAGGGAAUCUGAAGGAUCUUAAAGCUGGUUCUCUGGACUUAGAUUCUCCUUCAAAGCUCAGGAUAGCAGCUUCUCAGCUUGUUUGGGAGUUUUUUUGGUGUAAGCUCCGGAGGUGAAGGAACGUUUGAGAGGUGUCAGAGCUGGAUGUCGUUCGCGGGUGGUUAGGUUUUAGGUCGAGUUUCCGUGUUCAUUUGAAAUUGAAUUCAUUAAGUGUGAGCAAUCGGUGAGUAAGUAAGUGUGAAGCCAGAGCUCUUUUUGUUGAUCUUUAGUCACUGUGUACACAAUGACCUCCCACGUUGUCUUGGCGGGUGUGCUGGAGAUGCUGGCUAUUGCACCUCAAUUACCAGAUGUGUAUUCCACAGGGGAUUGUAAUCUCACGAUCCGCACCAUUACAAGAGUACUCAUAGCUCAAAGUUGCAGAAUUCUGUAGAACUCGCUGAAAAAGCUGCUUGGGCGGCGAAGCUGUGAGGAAAUUCCGAGAAAGAAGAGGAAACGAUGACAGUCGCAUUUCCAACUCCUCUGUCCAUGGAGGGAUCCUGCAAGGGGAUAGUGGUGAAGAACGUGAAGGGGCGCCUACUCCGGCGCGAGGAGAGCUACUCGGAGACAUUUAUCGAUUCCGCUGACGAGCUCGCCGAGGAUGACGUUGUUCUCUACUUGAAACCUUCUCACAGCGCGAAACCUCCCACCGAGGUCUACUCCUUCGAGCCAUCAGCCCUCUCGCGCAACAUAUCUCCCACGUUGCAACGCAGCGUACAGUCGUGGUGCGAUGCCACGGGAUUGCCCACCACCAUCACCAUGCGCUGCGCAGGCCGCGUCUACCACCUCCACAAGUUUCCGCUCGUAUCUCGCAGCGGCUAUUUUAAGCGAGUACUGAAGGACGCGAAGGAUGUUACCAUCCCGGACGAUGUUCCGGGCGGACCAGACGUCUUUGAACUAGCGCUCAAUUUCUGCUACGGUUCCUCCAUUCUUAUGGAGCCUUCUAACAUCGCUGAGAUUUGUUGCGUGGCCGAGUAUCUGCAAAUGACCGAAGAUUAUGGCCGGGCCAACCUUUGCGAGCGUAGUGAGCUUUACUUAAACCAAGUCGCCUUGCAGAGCUGGGAGGACUCGCUCGUUGUUCUUCUUCAUUGCGAAAAUCUGGCUCCACAUGCGGAGAAGAUGGGUAUUUUUCGGCGAUGCCUCGAUGCCAUAGCAUUCAUGGCUGGCCUGGAGAUUCUUGAUCCAGUUGCUAGGAAAGUCGCACCUAUCAAAAACAGGGAUCUUCAUUGCUGGUCCACGAACUCACGAGAAUGCUCGCAUCUCCAUUGGUGCAUCCAAGACCUUGUAGCCCUUCCGCCCAAUUUGUUCGUGAAAUUGGUGCUCGCACUUCGCAGAGAAGGUAUGCAGGAGAGUAACGUGGGUCAGGUGAUCACAGCGUUUGCUGAUCGGUGGAUCUUUGACUCCGGGGUGGACACGGUGCUGGUGCAGAGGGGGAAUGACAAAUGCUGGGUGCUUGAACCACAAGUGAAGCCGGAAAUUUCUGUGUUGAUUGAGGCUGUGGUACGUGUACUGCCGUUGGAACAUUACGUCGUCCCCACUGGCUUUCUCUUUUGUCUGCUACGGCGAGGACUCAGCUGCGCCUUGCACGAUGACUGCAGAAUCCAGCUCGAAACACGAAUUGCGCUACAAUUCGAGCACGCUACGUUGCAAGAUCUUCUCCUACCGACUAAGAAAGAGAAGGAGAAUGGAUGUGUUUUUAUGAACGAGGUUGAUUCCAUGGAGCGAAUCCUGAAGCUGUUUUUGACGCGGUUUCGAGGAUAUGAUGACGCGAGGCUGGCUGACAUGAGCAUGCUCACGGCAAUUGGAAAGCUCUGGGAUGAUUACCUUUCUGAGAUCGCGUUCGAUUCGAACAUUGCGCCUUCCCGAUUCGCAGAGCUCAUUGAGCGAAUUCCCGCGUACAUGCGCGUGAUGCACGAUCAUGUCUACCGCGCCAUCCAUGCAUACCUCAAGGCGCAUCCGAACUGCACGCAAGAGGAGCGCAUGGUCGUGUGCCGAACUCUAAAUUGCCAGAAACUCUCGCUGGAGGCGUGUACCCACGCCGUCCAGAACGACUUGAUGCCGUUGCGGCUGAUUGUGCAAGCCAUGUUCAUGCAGCAGCUCCAGACGGGGUCAGUGCUCGCCUCCCAUAUCGAAUCCGCUUCGCAGUCUUUCCGGACCGAACCCCACAGCUUUACCCGGUCCAUCCUCCCUGACACCACGUCGUCCUUCUUCUACCCCUCCGCCGGGAACUCAUCUAGCCACCACGCAUGUGAAUAUCCCCAAGAGUCCUUCCGAUCGGCGGGAUCCUCCUUCCGCGACAACGAUCUCUACAUUGACGAUCUCAUGUACGCCGCUUCGCAGAAAAUCGCCGUGAAGGAAAUGAGUAACAGCGCGCGUGCGGCGCCAGUUGUCCCUCCUAAGGUAGACUACCAGGUUACGGAGAGCAGAUUACGGAACUUAGAAGCUGAGCUCAGCAGAAUGCGCAAGGUGCUAUCUCAGAACGUGCCGGAGCAUCAGAGCUAUGAUCCAGCUCAUCUGCAAACAAAGGCUUCGACGUCGAUGAGUUCCACAGCUCAUCAGUUACGAGCGGGGAUCACUGUGGAGACAGUGAAAAAUUGUUCGCAAAAUGCGAACGUGGUGGCUGUGGAGGGAGUGGAAUCUGGCAUGGGGAAUUGUGGACCCAUGGGGUGCCUGGCGCAGAUGAAGCCCAUGAAUCGGACCGGGGGGCUGUUCGCCAAGACGCUGCAGAAGCUGAGGUUCCCGAGCUUCGGCAAGUCCAAGUGGGGCGUGAAAUGCAAGGACCCGGUGAUCAGUGCACCUAUCGUGGAGUCCUUGGAAAGAGCUUCCCUGAAGCAUUGUCCGCCGCGGGAAGCACUCAGGUUUGAAUCUGAGGCAGGGCGGUACGUGGGGCGGAUUGAUUCCAUGCCGCGCCCAGUGUCGAGCCACGCCGUGAAGCCUCACCAUGUUCGGCACAAGUCCAUCUCCUAGUUAAACUGGCUAGGUCAUCUCAUAUUGAUGCAACAAUCAUUCAUCGUUUCUUCUCUCAUCUCGUAGUCAGUGAUUAGCAAACCGAUGCCGGCGAAUACACAUUCAAUCCACACUGAUACACAGUCCUCCGGCUCGAGAGGCACAGCUCGGAAUCGAUCAACACAGGUUCAGAAAUGGUCGAAACCCAAGCCUGCGCAUUCGCAAUCGAACUCCCAGAGAAAUUUCCCUUCGGCUAGUGGCCCUCCUCUUGAUGUUUACCUGUAACGAAUCAUCAUAUUCGCCGAAACGCACACUAUUAACUCCACAGGCUCGUAUCUCUGAGCAGCACCUGACGGUCAGCAAUGCUCGAAUGCGCCGAGGGUCUGAGAUUAAGCCUCUCACUUGUAGCUCAUCUUGUCUAGCAAAUGUGUCAUUCUCCACAACCGAUGACAAUCAAUGGCACUGCGAAGGCGCGCUGAUGGCUCGUCGCACGACCUGUUACGAAUGCUUCAUUCUCUGGACCUGGUUAACUACGACAGAAUCGAGAGCUGCCUUGGUAGGAACAUCAUCUUGCAGCAGAAGACGCUACCUCGGAGAAACGAUCAGUUGUGCACGAAACAUUGUAGCUUGAACGAUGUACCGUCCUAGUGAUUCGCGUCGGAAGCUUUCGGAUGCACAACUUAAUGAACAAUUGGAUGCCAUUUUUAUACUUGCAGUUAGUACUCGCUGUCAAUCUUCACAACUUGAAUCCAUUCUCUGAAGAAUGCGACGAAAGCUGAAGCUUGGCUGCUGUGGACAGUAUAAAUACUUUAGGAACUGUUUACGGCUCGUUAACCUUCGAAAAUCAGGUUGUAUCAAACUUUCUUAGUUCUUUUAGUGUAAAGUCAGUUGGGUACUUUCUAAACCACUGAAGUGAUGUGAAGCAAUGGAUGUUACAGAAUGCUUGAGAAAUCAAGAUGAUAGAUUUGCAAAAGAUGUUGAUGAUACAUUGUCACUUA